GCCAAAUUUCUGGACCAAAACAGUGCAGUUGCUCUUGUUGUUCUCCGGUGGCCUUGGUGUUCAUCACCGGUUUGUCAUGGACACGGUUAAGACGGCAAGUGUUCGUGCCUAUGUGGACAGUGCCUGGUUGAAUCCAGGGAUCACCACGGAUGAAUUGCGAUAUGAGAAACAGCAGUUGACUGAUGCGCGGCGCAAACGCUGUACGUUGGGUUUCAAGGAACGAAUGGAGGCAGAUGCUGAGUGCAAGCAAGCCUACCAACAGGUGAUGGACAUGCGAAAAAACGAGCUCCAAAGGAAAGCGCUCGACCAGAUGGUGGCCAACAUGCGCCCCGCACCGGAGUUAAGGGCGCCUAAGGUGAUUUGCCACAACCCGCGUGGGGCAAAGUGACAGAAGAGGAGUGAACAGCCAGAUGCGUCAGUGUUUGCUGUGGAAACAGGUCGUCUGAGCAUCGAUGACACAAUAAGUGUCGGCAAGUUUGUUAGCGUUGGAUUUGCCCUCAGAGAGGUGAGGGGUCAUGGUCUCUGGAAGUGAUGGAGCCGACAUUGCACAUGACGCGUGCCUCAAUACAACAGAAGCUGCAAAGAUGGCUCAACCAGCAGUCACAUCAGCUUCCAAAUGUCAAGAUCCUCUUGAGAUCCUUCAACGACCCCAACGUGCCCGCCAUGCCAUUGUGGCGGCACGGUUGACGUCGACCGUCUAAGACUUGGUCGUCUUUUCGGUGCCCUUCCGCGUAUCCCAGAAUCACCGUCCGAAUUUUCGCUUUGGAAGGAGUUGAUGGUUGAAUAGCUCAAAG